GUUUUAUUAAACUCAUCGUGUUACGUAUUUGUUGACAUUAGGAGAUAUUUCCAAAAUUGCAUUAAGUUUUUCGGAUCUCACUUUCCUUUCAUUAUAAUAGAAAUAUAAUUUUAAAAAUGAUUUAAAGUGGAUUUAAAACAUGAAAGUUUAAAAUGUCAAUUGUCAAAUACCUACCUACUUUAAAGAAACGUGUUCUUAAAUGUAUCGAGACAAAUUAUUUGUGAGAGUUUUCAAAAUAAUUCUAUUUAUACUUUCCAAAUAUUCUUUGCAUACUUACUAUUAUAUACACGUUAAAAUUUAAAAUUGUUAUAUUUUAAAUUUAUCGUCUACAUUUAGCGACUUUCAGAUUUAAAGUUGGUGAUACUUGAAAGUGACACAUUGACGUUUGACGUUCCGCCAUUGUCCUAAAGAAAAGGUGGUAACUGGAAAGAACGCACGCGGUAUUAGGAAGCUACGUUAAGUUUAUUGUAGAUUUUUUUAAUUAACUCCUUAGUAAUUUAUUAAAACCAAGUGCACAAUAUGUCUAAUAAUACAGCUCCUGAUAGUUGGGAAUCUCAAGCCGAUUCUACAUCGACAAAUAAUUCGCCACAACAUACUGCAGAAGAUGUGACAACUCACUUUUCCACGUUGAACGUUAAUGCUGUCGAAUUUGUGCCUUCAUUUUCAUUUGCGAAACCCGAACCCGAAGUAGUUGAUAAACCAUCACCAACAAGUUCGCAAGAAUCAAAUUCUUCUCCCCAACAUAAUCCUCUACUCAAUGGAAAUGUAGGAGAUUCGAUGGCAGAACGUGUAGAGGUUAAAGAACCUCCACCCAUUCCUCCAGCUGAUGGUGAUGCAUCCCCUGGAGGAGAAGGGGGUACUUGGGAAGAUGUCGCCGAUGAAGACAGCACUUCUGCGUCUGCUCCACCUGCAACUACCCCAGAAGGAGAUGAAGACGAGGAACCUUCUUCUGAAGAAGCACCAAUCAAAAUAAAAAAGAAGAUUACUGUAAAAGAAAAGCCCGAGGAAGAAAAAAAGGAACAUGUGAACGUUGUUUUUAUUGGUCACGUAGAUGCGGGAAAAAGUACUAUUGGAGGACAAAUCAUGGCCUUGACGGGGAUGGUAGAUAAGAGAACUUUAGAGAAAUAUGAAAGGGAAGCAAAAGAGAAGAGUAGAGAGAGUUGGUACUUGAGCUGGGCUUUGGAUACUAAUCAGGAAGAACGAGACAAGGGAAAAACUGUGGAAGUAGGACGUGCCUUUUUCGAAACUGAGAAAAAACAUUUCACUAUUUUGGAUGCUCCUGGUCACAAAAGUUUUGUACCCAAUAUGAUUGGUGGAGCUGCACAGGCAGAUCUCGCUGUGCUUGUUAUUUCAGCUAGGAAAGGUGAAUUUGAAACUGGAUUUGAUAGAGGUGGCCAGACCAGGGAACACGCCAUGUUGGCUAAAACUGCUGGAGUCAAAUAUCUUGUGGUGCUUGUUAAUAAAAUGGAUGAUCCUACUGUAAAUUGGGAUGAAGCUAGAUACAACGAGUGCAAAGAUAAAAUUCUUCCUUAUCUUAAAAAACUAGGCUUUAUUUUAAACAAAGAUCUAUACUUUUUACCUUGUUCAGGUCAGAUGGGCCAAGGCUUGAAGGAUAAAGUAGACGAAGCGAUUUGUCCUUGGUACAGGGGAGAAGCAUUUAUACCUUUUAUAGAUAGUUUACCGUCGCUAACGAGAAAAGCAGAUGGACCUUUUAUUAUGCCUAUUGUAGAUAAAUAUAAGGACAUGGGUACAGUGUUGAUGGGAAAAGUUGAAUCUGGAGAGUGCAAAAAGGGCCAAAUAAUGCUUAUCAUGCCCAACAGGACGCCCGUUACCGUAGAUCAGUUGCUAUCCGAUGAUGAUGAAGUUAGUAGAGUAGUUCCUGGAGAAAACGUGAAAAUUAAAGUUAAAGGUGUAGAAGAAGAGGAUGUUAGUCCAGGAUUCGUAUUAUGCGAUUCUGUCAACCCAAUACAUACUGGCAAAAUUUUUGAUGCUCAGUUGGCCUUAAUAUGUUUGGUAGAUAAAAAAACCGGUGAAAAAAGUAAAACUCGUCCAAGGUUUGUAAAGCAAGAUCAAGUAGCCAUUAUGAGAAUUGAAUGUGCAGGAGUGAUUUGCUUAGAGCCCUUUAAGUCGAUGCCUCAGAUGGGAAGAUUUACACUAAGAGAUGAAACUGAUCAAAAAACCGAACUACAAGAUGAGUAUAACUUCCAUAUUAAAACUAAGGAUUUAGCUCGAGAAUAUAAAAAUAAAGACAAAGAAAAAGGAAAAAAUGAUAAGGAGUUCUGUGUAUUUGAUCUUGAACAAAUCUUGCCUGUACCAAAAUCGAAAGUUGGUCUUGCUUAUUACAAAUUGAAGUUAUCCACAUACAACUUUACUAUUUUUAAUUUGGCUUUAAAAGAAUGUAGUUGUUACAUGUGA